CCAACGCACCGGGACCUAUCCUUCUUCGAGACUAGCGUAUCAAACCAGGCGACAUCGGCGGUGAAAUUUUAGAAUUGUGAAUCAUCCCACCAUUACCCACUUACUACUUUAUCACUUAUCGCUGCCCCGCCAUAGCAUCACCCAUUCCAAGUAACAGUAAAGUUCACUAUUUACUAUUUACUAUUUACAUAGGAGAAUAUCGUGAGUGGCGAAACCUUGCUCAUUCGACUCAAUUGGUUUUAUAAGAACCCAACAUGGCUCCAACAAUCCUACAUUUGCGCUCAGAGGACAAGCCUCUUGAGCACCGCUCUGCCCUCACCCCCACCACAACCAAGGCCUUGAUCGAUGCUGGUUACGUCGUUAAUGUCGAGAAGAGCCCUGUCCGAAUCUUUGACGAUGAAGAGUUCAGCGCCGUGGGAGCUACAUUAGUUCCUACCGGCAGCUGGCGGGAGGCACCUGAAGACCAUAUUAUUGUUGGUCUUAAGGAGCUCCCCGAAGAGACGUUCCCUCUCAAGCACGUAUUUAUCCACUUUGCACACUGCUACAAGCAACAGCGAGGCUGGGAAGCAGUCCUUGCCCGCUUCCCUCGCGGCGGUGGCACCCUUCUCGAUCUCGAGUUUCUCCAGGAGCCCGAGACGGGACGUCGUGUAGCCGCCUUUGGAUACCAGGCUGGCUUCAGCGGCAGCGCCCUAGCCAUCAAGAACUGGGCUUGGCAACUGACACACCCGGGCGAGCCCCUACCCGGCGUCGAGAGCUACCCUAACGAGGACGCGCUGGUCGCUGAUAUCAAGAAAGAUCUGGCUGCUGGACAGGCUAAGGCUGGAAAAUUACCUAGGGUUAUCGUAAUCGGUGCGCUGGGUCGAUGCGGUCGUGGCGCGGUCGAUUUAUGCCUCAAGGUCGGCGUGCCCACAGAUCAGAUCCUCAAGUGGGAUUUGGCCGAGACGGCCAAGGGUGGUCCUUUCAAGGAGAUUGCCGAGAGCGACAUCUUUGUAAACUGCAUCUACCUGUCAUCUAAGAUUCCUCACUUCGUCGACCUGGAAUCGCUGAAGGCUCCCGGACGUCAAUUGAGUGUCGUGUGCGAUGUCUCGGCUGACACAACGAACCCUUACAACCCUGUCCCCAUCUACACUGUUGCCACAACAUUCACCAACCCUACAGUACCCGUCGAGGGACUAGAGAACCCUCCUCUGAGCGUCAUCAGCAUUGACCACCUACCCAGCUUGCUGCCUCGGGAAUCUUCCGAGUCGUUCAGCAAUGAUCUGUUGCCGUACCUGCUCAAGCUUAACGACUGGAAGAACAACCCAGUGUGGGCCGGUGCUUACAAGCUGUUCCAGGAGAAGGUGGCGACGCUACCCAAGGAGGCACUAGAAAACUAGAUCGAUUGACCGAGAUAUAGGUUGCAGCGACGGGAUUUCCGCAAUAAAAGGAAAAGAUGGGUUGGCGUUAUGGGAUGAUGUAGACAAAAAGACCGUCGGUAGAGAAGUCACUCAAAAAUUUCGCAAGAGUAGUUGAACCGUAAUGAAUAAAAAUAGCGUGGGCCGAGAGUCAUAGCUGACGUUUCUUCUUCCGCGCUGUGAUGUAUCUUAUAAUAAUACCAUAUGAUUGAGGUUAACAUAGAAG